AUGACGUUCCCUUCCAAGCCGCGUCUCUCCAUAGGAGAGCGCCUGGGCCUGGCGGCAAAGCUGACGACUCUAGUGCCCUUCCGUCUUGCCCUUUACACGACAUACCUUAUCUACUUCUCCCUUCGCAACCGUUUCCGCGUGCGCUUCUACUUCAUGUGCGCCGCCGUGCGCAUGAUAUUCCUCACACUCUCCGGCCGCCAGAUCCAGUACCUGACGCCCACCACCCGUCAGAGCUACCAGGGCUGGGUGACCAAAAAGGCCAAAUCCAAGGCCGUCCGCGCGUCGUCCGCCGAUGCGGCGCGUGUGGUGCGUGACAUCGAGCCCUUGAGCGCCGACGACGACUCUGCCGUGCUCUGGAUCGGCAACCGCCACAAGGCCAAGAAGUUUGUCAUCUUCUUCCAUGGCGGCGGCUACGUCGCCACGGCCCUGCCCGGCCACUUCGAGUGGUGCUGGAACUCGUACGUCCGGACGGGCGCCGAGGUCGGCGUCGAGGUUGCCGUCGCCUUCCUGCAGUACACCAUGUGCCCCGGCGGCGUCUUUCCCACGCAGCUGCGCCAGGCUGCCGCUACGCUCGGCUCGCUGCUUGACUCGGGCAUAGACCCUGCCGACAUUUCCAUCGGCGGCGACUCGGCGGGAGGGAACCUCACGGCGCAGCUCAUCGGCCACUUGCUCCAUCCUAACCCGGGCGCGCGGCGCAUUGAGCUCACAGAGCCACUUGGAGGGGCUUUCCUCGUCUCGCCGUGGCUAAGCGUCGACACGCGAAGCCCAUCCUUUGUCGCCAACGAUUACAACGACAUGAUCUCAAGCAAGGUUGUGCAGCGGCUCGGUACCGAGUACUUCGGCGGCGUCGAGGGCUUCAAGCAGGCAUGCAGGGGGAAGAACCCGUGGGCGACGCCGAUGGACGUCGACACUUCGUGGUUCAAGGGCAUCGACGACGUAGUGGCGCGCAUCUACGUGACGGUCGGCAAGCGCGAGGUCCUUGCCGACCACGGCAUCAAGUUCGUCAAGGUGCUUCGAACCCUGGGCGUGAUGAGCGACAUCCGGCUGGAGGAGACGGAAGGAGAGGCGCACGACUGGAUCCUGCUCGAGGGCGAGGUGGGCAGCGUGGGCGAUGCGACGAAGCGGAUGAAGGAUUGGUACAAGUCUGUCAUCUCUGUAAACUGA